UCCAGCGGCAGGGAAACACACCCGUCAGCAGCGCGCAGUGGAGACAAAAAAAAAAAAAAAAAAAAAAAAGAAGCGCAUCACGGACAAAGGAAAUAUGGGUGCGCUGGAAAGGAUUCACCUCAGCCGGGUAACACGAUGGAUGAGCCGCUUGUGUUUCAUUCACCCGGAGACCAUUUAACCCACCUUAAUGAGGUGCUGGGAUGCAAGAUACUGCAAGCUAAAAAGGCGGAAGGCUGCGUUUAAUCCGUCUGCGGAUCCUAUGAGCUUGCAAUGGCUGUGGCGGGGAUAUGCAACUGGAUAGGGAAUAAUGUGCCUUUUUAUUUUGUGAUAUUUUUUUUAUUUUGUGGCCUUUCGUUUGGACAGUUGCGAUAUUCUAUUACAGAAGAACUAGAAAAUGGGGCACUGGUCGGUGAUCUGGCGAAUGACUUGGGGCUGGAUAUUCGAAAGCUCGCCACCCGAAAAAUUAAGGUAACCUCCAACAGCGGUAAACGCUAUGUGAUUGUCAACCCCAAAAAUGGGAAAUUACUUGUCAAUGAAAGAAUUGACAGAGAGGCGUUGUGUGAUUUAUCCAACACCUGCCUCAUUAAUCUGGAGGUGCUGGUCGAAAACCCCACUGAGGUGCAUCAUGUCGAGGUGGAGAUCGUGGAUGCCAAUGACAAUGCGCCGCAGUUUCCACAAGAUGAGUAUCAACUGGAAAUCACAGAAUCUGCUUUACCGGGGUCUCGUUACCCGAUUGAAAACGCCCAGGAUCCAGACAUUGGGUCUAAUUCAGUUCGUAUGUAUCAGCUUAGCACAAACGACCAUUUCGCGCUGGUAUCCAAUAAACCCUCCCUAAACACAAAGCACAUCGAGCUUGUGCUCAAAAAGCCUCUUGAUCGCGAACAGACGCCUUACCACCAAUUAAUUCUAAGUGCUGUGGAUGGUGGCACACCAGAUAAAACAGGCACUGCUAAGAUCAAUGUGAGGGUGUUGGACUCUAAUGAUAACGUCCCCUUGUUUGACAGCUCUGUGUAUAAGGUGAAACUGUUGGAAAAUUCACCCAAAGACACCCUGGUAAUUAAACUGAAUGCAACUGAUCUGGAUGAGGGCACAAAUGGGGAGGUUUAUUACUCUUUCAGUAGCUACACUCCGGAGAGAGUGAGGCAGAUGUUCAGCAUGGACACUCAUACAGGAGAAAUAAGAGUGAGGAGCAACGUGGACUAUGAAGAGACCAACUCCUAUGAGAUGUACAUACAAGCGAUGGAUAAGGGCCCCGGGGCCGUGGCAGCACACUGUAAGGUAGUGGUAGAGGUGGUGGAUGUGAAUGACAAUGUUCCUCAGAUAGUGCUGUCAUCUCUGUCCAGCCCUGUGAGGGAAGACGCCCGUGCAGAUACAGUGGUGGCCCUCAUUAGUGUUACCGAUCGGGACUCUGGAGCCAACAAGCAGGUGAGCUUAGAGAUCCCAGCAGGCCUUCCUUUCAAGAUCAAAUCAUUCAGAAAUUACUACACUCUGGUUACCUCAGCCUUCCUGGACCGUGAGACCACUGAUGCCUACAAUGUUACUCUGAGUGCCACGGAUGGAGGAAACCCUCCCCUUUCCUCUCAGAAGACCAUACAGGUGGAUGUGGCCGAUGUUAAUGAUAACCCGCCGAGAUUUGAACAGACUUCUUAUACAGUCUACGUGGCUGAAAACAAUGCCCCCGGGGCCUCUUUGUGUACUGUUAAAGCUCAAGACGCAGACAUCAAAGAGAACGCGCGCAUCACCUACACAGUGCUCAAUGACAACAAUCAUGGCAUCCCUGUCACCUCGUAUGUGUCUGUUAAGGCCGAUACAGGGGAGGCUUAUGCCCUGCGAGCUUUUGAUUAUGAGUCACUGAGAGAGUUUCACUUCCAGGUCAAAGCUCAAGAUGGGGGCAUUCCUCCGCUCAGCCGCAUCGCCACUGUCUACAUCUACAUAAUGGAUCAGAACGACCACGCACCACUAAUAGUUAACCCUCCGGGGAAUGGCACGCGCUCAUUGGAGACGGUACAGAAGAAUGCAGAGCCUGGUGCCUUGGUGACCAAAGUGGUGGCCUAUGAUGCAGAUGCUGGUCCAAACGCCUGGCUGGUGUAUGUGAUGGAGACAGCCACAGACCUCGACCUGUUCAAGGUGCAUGAACACACAGGGGAGAUCAGGACCACUAGGAGGAUCCUGGAAGAUAAUUCCACCUCCUUUGCUCUGACUGUUGUGGUGAAGGACCACGGGCAGCCUGCUCUUACCUCCACCGCCACCAUCAAUGUGGCUGUCAUGGAGGUGCCUCCAAAGGUGGUACCUGACCCUAAGAGGAUCAUCAGACCUCAUAGUACGUUGCUUUUCUCUAACGUGACCCUCUACCUGAUUGUGGCUUUGAGUGCUACCACCUUUGUAUUCCUGGUCACUGUGGUGGUGUUAGCCAUCGUUCGCUGUCACGCCUACUGCACCCAGCCUGGGUCCUGCUCCCCCUGCUGUGUGUCACAGAAGCCCCCUCCAGAUGGUGGGAGCAGUAGUGUAAGUGCUGGUGGGGCAGGUGGCGGUGCAGCUGCAGGACAACCUAAUAACAAUGUUGUGCUGCGGAGAGACCUUAAAGUAGAGCCUCACUACAUUGAAGUGAGAGGAAAUGGCUCGCUAACAAAGACCUACUGCUACAAGACCUGCCUGACAGCCACCUCUGGCAGUGACACUUUCAUGUUCUACAACACUGGACGUCCCAUCAGUGGCACCUGGGGCAGUGGUGCUGAGCGCUUCUUCACGAGUGGAAGUGGAUUUGUACGCAGACUGAGUAUGCCUGAUGCAUCUCUGCAAAUCUGCCCUGAGCCAAAAGCCCCGAAUGCUGACUGGCGAUAUUCUGCAUCUUUGAGGGCAGGGGUGCAGAGUUCGGUCCACAUGGAGGAGUCCUCUGUGAUGCAGGGCGCCCAGGGGAUGCUGGUCCAGAACUGGCCCACUGUCUCCAGUGCUGCAGAUGGAGAGGGUGGCGGAGAGCUUUCACCCCCAGUGGGCGCUGGAGUUAACAGCAACAGCUGGCACUUCAGAUACGGCGCCGGGCAAGGCUAUGGCCCGCCUCAGCCCCUGAAGCCUGGAGAGAUCCCUCCUGAAGCCUUCAUCAUCCCUGGAUCCCCAGCCAUCAUUUCUAUCCGCCAUGACGCAGGCCCUGUGGAUGACAAGGGUGACUUCAUAAGCUUUGGCAAGAAGGAGGAGGCCAAGAAGAAGAAGAAGAAGAAGAAGGACAAGAAGGACAAGAAGGAGAAAGGAAAGGAUGAUGGAGGGGAUGAGUAGGGGAGUGGGGGUGACUUGAAAACAGAGCUACCAACAAACUCCCAUCUCAAUUACUGAGCCAGAAUAAAGCCAAAUGCACAUUUUCAAAUUAAGGGAGAACCUCUUUUGCACCAUAUUUGCAUAGACAUUGUACAGUGGCCAUACCCUAACCCAAGGCCAAGCUUGGCUCCCUACACUAUGCGAACAUACUAAACAAAUCCAUCUUGGCUUAUUUGGCCUAUAAUGUUGACCUACAACACUUUAAGGUUUAAGGUAAACUAUUGUACUGAGUAGCUACAUGCCAUCAAGGAGAAAAGGUUGGACCAAAUUGAAUUAACAGAAAGGAAGGAUACUAUUGGAUUAGAUGACCCUUUCUGUGAUUUUGCUGCCCCUUUGUAUGAUGAAAACACCUGAAAAGGUGUACUAUUUGUAUCUAAGCACUGCUGAGGCUGUCCAUGUUGGCAUCUCUGUCUUUAUGCAGCCCCCUUCCUUUUGGAUCACCUACUUAAAGGUGCAAAGGAAGUCAUUGUAAAAAAAAAAAAAAAAUGAAACAGAUGCUUUUGUCUUCAAUAUUAUGGAGGCCUUGUAGAAAUUCAGAAAAUGUGGUCUUUUGUAAAAAAACAAAAAGAAAAAUGAAAAAGUCACAACAUAUGUGUACCAUGAGAUUACCACCUUUAAGGCAGAUAAGGUGAACAAAACAAGCAGGACCACACUCUUAUAAAAAGCUCUGUUUCAGUGUAACAUAGCACAUUGCAGAGGCUGAGGACCUGGACUGGGUUGCACCAACUAUGCGCAAGUUUGUUCCCAGGUGGGGGUAUAAAGUAGUGGCUUCAUUUGUAAUUAGCAAGUUAAAAAUUGAAGUGUAUCAUGGGAAGUUAAGGGGUAAUCCUACAGCUGUAGCUAGUUAUAAAAAUUUAGGAAAAGUAGCCAAUCUGUGAUUGCAACACUGUGCUGAUAGGUACAAACCACAUGGAUUUGUGAUUGACUAGAUUGGCUUAAAAAUUAAGAUUGGAAAAAUCCAUAUUUGACUCUUAAAGGACACAAUUAGUUUUUGCAUGUUUCAGUCCUUGUCUAAGAAUCAAGUAUACUUGUCAUCACCACUAACCUGCAGCACACAACUCCUCUGUGCUUUUAAUGUGUUUUUCUACACUUUCAGGCAGCAGUUUAUUGUAUAACAGAAAACAAAACUGUUACCUGUACACUUGAUGUAAAAUUAACACAGAACUUGCUUUCAUUAUUUAGACACCAUUUCCUUUCCUUUCCAAGGAAAUGUAGUUCAGAAAGAAACUUGCAAUACAUUAUUCCAAUAAUGGACCUUACUCAUAUAGUAUGAAUGGGCACAUCAGACUGCCUGAAAAGAAGAAAGACACUUUAAAACCUAUGAAACUCAACAGUAUAAUGGUUAGCAGUGAUCUAAGUAUUUAAUUUGUCUAAACGGGUCAGAAACAUCAAAAAUCACUACUAUGCUCCUUUAAGUUGCAAAUAAUAUGGAAUUAUUAAGAAAAAAUAUGUGUGCAAAAAAACAAAAAAAAAAAAGAAAAAAAUCCUGCUUUACUGUUAGUGAUUGCAAUUCUGUGACUUUGUAUCAUUUGCACCCGCUUUAUUGCUUGCUUGACUAUUUAGUUGUUACUUAAGGUUACGUUGUAACAGAUUUUUGUGGUGCUACCGCUUGUAUUUUAGCAAUGCGUGACUCGGGAUUAGUGGCUACUUUGGAAAAAAAAAAUAAUGGUAAUAAUAAUACUAGGGAACCUACGUGCAGCUGAUGCAACCGGCCCCUGACCUUCCUUGCCUCCUCUUGUGGAAUAUGGCACAGGUUAAUGGGGUCAUAAACCCACUGUGUAUCAGCACACCCAGUCUGACACAUACAUUAUUGUACACAAAUGAUGAUCCUCUCUGCUUCUACAUAAACAAGAAAACACACUCUGUCUCUUGCUCUCUUACACACAGCAGACACAACAGACAUACAGUACAUACCAACACAUUAACUGUAAAAUUGUACUAAAAGAAUACAAGCUUAACACUUACUGCUCCAACUCUAAGACUGAAGGUGCCAUCCUUAAUAUGGGAGUGUAUUAUAAGGCUGGAAUGCAGGAAAGUUGCUUGUUGCUUCAUUUCUGUUCAAGCCUGAUCCUCUACUUCUGUCUUUGAAUGUUAAGUAGUUGUUCUUCAAGCCCUGCACCACUGCCUCGAUUGCUUCAGUGCUUGUAGGAUUUGCUUGCCCGCUGCCUGUUUCCUCCCUCUUCUCCUGUUUCUUCAGAUCAACAUGGUUGGAAGACAUUUUAAAAGUCACUCUCCCUCAAUGAACUGUUCUGCCGUAAAACACAGUAAUAUGUGUGUGUUUGCAUUUUUACAUACACAAACACAGCCUACACAUACAACACACCACAUACACAUGUCUUUAGUUCAACUUCAACUGUACUUAGGCACUUGGACCAGAUUCUCUCUCUCGAUUGUUUGUUUGUUGACAGCUCUGUCAUCUCUAGCAUAGGAUCAACACAUUGCAUCGUGAGGAUAUCUGACAAGUUAGCAAUAACUUAGAUUACGUUGUGCUGAAUUUGAGACUAUGAGACAAGAUGGAGAGGCAAAUGAGGAAACUGAGUCAGAGCAUAGAAGAUAACAAAUACAUCAGGCAAAUCUUUCCCACUUUGCACAAGCAGAGGUAUUCCAGUUAUUUGUUUGUCAGCCAUGAGUGACAAGUGAUUACACAGGGUCGACCAAGACAACUUUUAAAACAAGCAAAGCGCACUUCAGCAGACACCGAUUGAAAGGCGACGAUGUAAACUCAAUCGCAGUUCGGCAAUAAUUGGUUGUUUCAAUGACCAAAAAAAAAAAAAAACAACAACAAAGUGCUGCUUGGAUGUGCUGAAAAGCUGCAGCGACCCGUGAAUGAACUGUAAAAAAGUUGCAGUGAUCCAAGUAUGAACCUUAGGUAGAGAUGAACCUUAUUAUGCUGUGACGUCAUGAAAACCCGGUGUAGCAUGGUAGAGAAAGAGUAUCGCGAGCAGUAUUGUGAAACAGCAUCGUCAUGAUUGAAAGUGUCAACAAAUCUCACCUCAGUGUUCCUUUUUUUAGACCAUCGUAUUAUCAGUCACAGUAGGGGUAGAGAGGUACUGCUGUCAGGCUCGAUCCCCUCCCAUGCACACAUUUCCUCCCCCUGCCCAGUCCUUUCAGGUGUACUUCUGUGCUGUCAGAUCACCAAGUGGCUGUUUGCAUGUUAUAAGCAAAGGAAACAGAUACUAUAUAGAUACUAUAUAUACAUAGAUAUGUUUUUCCACUGGGAAAUGCGUAUUGGAAUACAUAUACCUCUGAUACACAUUCUCAAAAGACAAAACACACACUGAAAGAUCCACACUCAUUCACACAUACUGUACAAACAUACAUACAUACAUAUACGCUAUUGCCAACAGUAAUUUGUGGAAAAAUCCUAAAAGAAUCACAUUUUCUAUCCUGUCGAAAAUGAAUUUAAUCUUCUAGAUAUACAUAAUGCUAUUGUGUUAUGCUAUGAAAUGCCUUUUUUGUUUAUACCCUUAUAAUUUUGAUAGAUGAAAUCAAUCCUUUAACUUGUGUUAAGCUUCGAAAUGAUGAUCAAACAAAUACUAUUGUGAAAUUGAAUCAUUUACUCACCCUCCAUAUCUAUUCCUUGCCCAGUAGAAUAAAUAAGCAGAAAAGGAAGAAAAAAAAAAAACAAAAAAAAAAACAUAAAAUGGUUGAAAAAAAAAAAAAAGAAGUUGAUGUAUUCUCUGCUUGUGUAUAGUGAAUGUUCCUCAGUCAAUGGGUGUGGCAGUGAGUGGCACAUACCAGUCGACUGUGACAGUGCAGAUCUGUUAAGAACUUCUUUUUUUGUACACCUGCUUAUCAUUGUAAAGGUGAUAGUAGUGAUUCUUAUGAUUUCAUCAAACUGGUAAUGUGUUUUGUUAAUAAGUCACAAAUAAAGUUUUUCUUAAAUAUCUUAAA